AUGUCAGCUUCAGCAGGACGCAGGACGAAGCCUGCUCACGUUCUCGAAUUCUUUCGCGACAAAAACAACGACUCUGCAUUAACAAUCCUCGCCAAUGGAGUACGUUUUCAUGCCUUCGUCGAUUUCCAGAAGAUGAAGGAAGCCUCAGAAGGAAAGGAUAAGGCUGUACAAGAAUAUGCAGAACUGGUCAAGUCGGCGAAAGAUGGCACAUACCAGGACCAGCCGAAAGACUCCCCUCGUGCAUCAGAAGACACCAAGGCAGACCAUGGAGAAGAAUCAGCAUAUUGUGUAUGUCGUGGACCUGAUCGAGGUUUCAUGAUAGGCUGUGAUAGCUGCGACGAAUGGUUCCAUGGCGACUGUGUUGGCAUCUCUCAAGAAGAGGGAGCCUCGAUUGACGAAUAUACAUGUCCCGAAUGCCGGAAGGGCGUCAGGAGUCCCACUGUUGCAUCGAAGGACAGCGGUAUCGUGCUCGAAGAUAACGAUAAAGCCGAGAACGACUCGGAAGAGAAGCUUCAGGCGUGGAUACUCUCACAUUUGGAAGCCGAAAUCGACAAGCACGCUCCUUCGAGGAAUGAAAUGCAAACAAUCAACGUACAUGAUUGGUACCACCCGACGACACACUUCUACGCCAUACAGUACAAAGAUGGCAAAGUUACACCAAAGCAAGUGGGGUCCACACCUGCACUUCGAUUCAAGAUGGACAAUUUCCUGCCGAACGUCACUCUACCGAAGUAUGUUCUGAAGCUCGACAUCCCCUGGUUCCAAGCAUCAGAUCUGGAGAUUGUCGAGAAUGCUGGUGCUUUGCCAGCCAUCGUCCGCCAUAACGGUAGUCUCUACUUCCUCAAGGUUGUCGAUCCUGCUCAACCUGCACCAACCAAACGCGAGCUCAAGAUGAUGAAAGAUAUAGAAAAGCUCAAUUUGCAUCAAGAGAUGCGUGUGCCUCAAGUUCAGGGAUUAGUGUCAUUCACAGACUCCAAGACAGAUAUCAUGGGCUUCCUACAAACACACAUCGCAGGAGCUGAGCCACUUACACAUCUCCUGGACUCAGACGUGCCUCAAGCCAAACGUGAUCGUUGGGCGUCAGAGUCCGAGAAGAUGAUCGAGCUUCUACACCAACACGAUUUCAUCUGGGGUGACGCCAAAGCCGAUAAUUUCAUGGUCGACAAGGACGACAAGUUAUGGAUCAUCGAUUUCGGAGGCAGCUACACAGAAGGUUGGGUUGAUCCUGAACUGAACGAGACGGUAGAGGGCGACGAAAUGGGGAUGAGGAAGAUCGUGAAUGCAUUGCACGAUCCAGAUGAAAACACCUUUGAUCUUGACGACACCACGGUUGCCGGUAAAGAGAGCGGCAUCAAGCGUAAGCACUCUGAGGUAGAAGAAGAGGACGAACACUCUGAUAAGAAACCACGAGUUGAAUGA